CUAAAUACAAUACUGGGCCGUAGUCUACGUCGAUUUGACGCGUGAAAUCUUCGGAGUUUGGAUCCGCUUUUCCAGUGUACUGUAAUAAAUUGAUAAUCCAACCGUUGCCAGUAAAUGUGCCAUCAUAUCACUAAUUACCUUUCACUGGAGUAAUAAUUUUUGUCAGCUUUUCAGUCGAACGCCUCGGGCUAUCAGCGUGGAUAAAUACUCCAAAAAAACAUCGUAAACCACAGUAUCUACUCGAAACAAGCAGUUGGGAUUUGCUAUGGAUCCUGCCCCAGUAUUAAAUUUUUAUGGUCGUUCCUUUUCCGCUGGAGACGUCCUGAUAAUCUGUGAUCCGUGGGUGUGGUCGCUGGAUAUCAGUGCUCAUAAAAAUCGUUGCGCCAACUGCUUUCAGUUAAAAGAGGGAUUGCGCACUUGUUCGGGAUGCAAAUUGCACCGUUACUGUAGCACCGCGUGCCAGAAAGCAGACUGGAAGCUGGAGCAAAACCUGGAAUGUGGUAUGCUAAAGGGUCUUGGUAGCCGCACGGAAGUGGUUCGCCUCCGUUCUUCUGGUAAUCUAAUGAUCUCUACAACCUUUGACCUCAUUGCGAAGAUUGCGAGCAAAGUGAAGACAAAUAAAAGCGUGGAGAUCCCUGGAUUGGGAAGCAGAUUACCCGUCGAAAUUUUAAAGAUAUUCCCAAAAAACCCUGCUGUCUCCCACAGUUUCCCGCCAAUUUUCCUUCCAGGGCAACUGGAUUGGUUUAAGACGGCAUCCGAAAUCGGGAUAUCUAGUGCGGAUUUUCUGGAAUACUCCCAUAUGUACUAUCCGUUAUAACGCCGUUCCAAUUUUCGAUGUACGCUCUGACCCGGAUCCCAUUGGUUUUGCGCUCUUUCCACAAGU